CGGGGCUGUCGUCGCUUUACGGCCGGCCUUUGUCCGUCUGAGGGACUGGAGGCGAUGCUGUCGGCGAGCAAGAAGCUCCUGGCGGCUGCGGCGUCGGAGUCGGUGCCGGUGGGCGGCGGAGGCGGCGGCGAUGGCUGCGCUGAGGCCCCGGUGCCGCCUGCGCCGCCUCCUCCCCCGCCGCCUCUCUCCGGGCCUCUGGGCCCCGCUGAGGGCGGAGGCGGCGCGGGGGCCUCGGAGCGCACGCCCCGCAAGAAGGAGCCUCCGCGGGCCUCGCCGCCCGGGGCCUUGAGCGAGCAGCUGCCCGCGGGGUCCGCCUCCGCCCCUGGGCCAGGCCCCGCCGCCGCCGCCGCCGCCCCCGACUCCGCCGGCAUCGCCGAGACGCCCGAAGGCCGCAGGACCAGCCGCCGGAAGAGGGCCAAGGUGGAAUACAGAGAAAUGGAUGAGAGCCUUGCUAACCUUUCCGAAGAUGAGUAUUAUUCCGAAGAAGAACGAAAUGCUAAAGCGGAGAAAGAAAAAAAGCUUCCUCCCCCUCCUCCCCCUCCUCCUCCUGAGGAAGAGAACGAAAGUGAGCCAGAAGAACCAUCCGGGCAAGCAGGAGGACUUCAAGACGACAGUUCUGGAGGGUAUGGAGACUGCCAAGCAUCAGGUGUGGAGGGGGCAGCUUUCCAGAGCAGACUUCCACAUGAUCGGAUGACAUCACAGGAAGCAGCUUGUUUUCCAGAUAUUAUCAGUGGACCACAACAGACUCAGAAGGUGUUCCUUUACAUCAGAAAUAGGACGUUACAGCUUUGGUUAGAUAACCCAAAGGUUCAGUUGACAUUUGAAGCCACACUGCAGCAGUUGGAAGCACCUUACAACAGUGACACCGUGUUAGUUCACCGAGUACAUAGCUAUCUGGAACGGCAUGGCUUAAUAAAUUUUGGCAUCUACAAAAGAGUAAAGCCUCUUCCAACUAAGAAGACUGGCAAGGUGAUCAUUAUUGGUUCCGGAGUCUCUGGUCUGGCAGCAGCUCGCCAACUACAAAGCUUUGGGAUGGAUGUCACACUUCUAGAAGCAAGGGAUCGUGUAGGGGGCAGAGUGGCUACUUUUCGCAAAGGAAACUAUGUUGCAGAUCUAGGAGCCAUGGUAGUUACAGGACUUGGAGGAAACCCAAUGGCUGUGGUGAGCAAGCAAGUAAACAUGGAAUUAGCAAAAAUAAAACAAAAAUGCCCUCUUUAUGAAGCCAAUGGACAAGCAGUUCCAAAGGAAAAAGAUGAAAUGGUAGAGCAAGAGUUUAAUCGUUUGCUGGAAGCCACUUCAUAUCUAAGCCACCAGCUGGACUUUAAUGUCCUCAAUAACAAACCUGUCUCUCUGGGUCAAGCUUUGGAAGUUGUCAUACAAUUACAAGAGAAGCAUGUGAAAGAUGAACAGAUUGAACACUGGAAGAAGAUAGUUAAAACUCAAGAAGAACUUAAAGAUCUCCUUAAUAAGAUGGUGAACUUAAAAGAAAAAAUAAAAGAACUCCACCAGCAAUACAAGGAGGCAUCCGAAGUGAAACCACCACGAGACAUCACCGCAGAGUUCCUUGUGAAGAGUAAGCAUAGAGAUCUUACUGCUCUCUGCAAGGAAUAUGAUGAGUUGGCAGAAACACAAGCAAAACUAGAAGAGAAGCUCCAGGAACUAGAAGCCAAUCCUCCAAGUGAUGUUUAUUUAUCGUCAAGGGACAGACAGAUUCUUGACUGGCAUUUUGCAAACCUUGAGUUUGCAAAUGCCACACCUCUUUCUACACUGUCACUGAAGCAUUGGGACCAGGAUGAUGAUUUUGAAUUCACAGGCAGUCAUCUGACUGUGAGAAAUGGCUAUUCAUGUGUGCCUGUGGCUCUAGCAGAAGGGUUGGACAUUAAAUUAAAUACAGCUGUUCGGCAGGUUCGCUACACAGCAUCAGGAUGUGAAGUGAUAGCUGUCAACACUCGCUCCACUAGCCAGACAUUUAUUUAUAAGUGUGAUGCUGUUUUGUGUACUCUUCCUUUGGGAGUACUGAAACAGCAACCUCCUGCGGUACAGUUUGUUCCUCCUCUUCCAGAGUGGAAGACUUCUGCUGUGCAGAGAAUGGGAUUUGGAAACCUUAACAAGGUUGUGCUAUGUUUUGACCGUGUGUUCUGGGACCCAAGUGUUAAUUUGUUUGGUCAUGUUGGCAGCACAACAGCCAGCAGAGGAGAGCUUUUCCUCUUUUGGAAUCUUUACAAAGCACCAAUUCUUCUGGCCUUGGUGGCAGGUGAAGCAGCUGGAAUCAUGGAGAACAUCAGUGAUGAUGUCAUUGUUGGACGCUGCCUUGCUAUUCUCAAGGGCAUUUUUGGUAGCAGUGCUGUUCCUCAGCCCAAGGAGACUGUGGUAUCUCGUUGGCGGGCUGAUCCUUGGGCCCGAGGAUCGUAUUCCUAUGUAGCAGCUGGAUCUUCGGGAAAUGACUAUGACUUGAUGGCUCAGCCGAUUACUCCAGGGCCUGCUAUCCCAGGAGCUCCCCAGCCAAUUCCUCGUCUGUUCUUUGCUGGAGAACACACAAUUCGCAACUACCCCGCAACUGUUCAUGGAGCUUUGCUGAGCGGACUGAGAGAAGCUGGGCGCAUUGCAGACCAGUUUCUUGGUGCCAUGUAUACUCUUCCUCGCCAAACCACUCCAGUGGCAUCUACACAGCAGGCUUCUACAAUGUAAAGGUACAAGAUGCUUGAAGUGCUGCAAUGGUCUCUGAACAGUAGACCUGUGAUUAGAAGCAAGUGGUCUUCAUGGUCUUGUAGCACUACCAAUCAGAAAACAUAGAUCGGAGUCAGAAGGAUCACUCCUGUCAAGUGACCCUCCGAAGACAUCCAUCAUCUGAGAAUGCAGUCACUCACUGCUAGCCUAACCAAAUCUGCGGGAGUGGUGCUUGUGGUCCCUGGAAUACAGAGUCCUUGUCUUUCUUGAGCGGAAUCUAUUUUGGUACAGAUGUCGUUUGGGGUUAGUUUGUUUCCAGAGUUUAGAAUUCCUGUAACUUAGCUGCUUUGGUAAUUGAAGUGAGAUUGUCUUAUAUAGAUUUUGUUUUGGAAAACAGAAGUAAAACAUGCUUUUUUAAAAUUAAAACCACACACACAACAAUCUAAAACAUCAGAAGUGUUCCUUUUUCAUUGACACUGAGGGAGACUGCCAUGCUGUACUCUCUCCUUUUUACAGAAAAAAUUAAAAAUUUUGCCAGCU